AUAAAAGCGUAAAUUAUAAAUAGCGAGAUAAUUAAAGUAGCAAUAAAAUAUUAUUAUCUAGUAAGUACUAUACCGUAAUAUCUCGCCAAUAUAUUGGCCAACAGAUGGCGGUUUAAAAAGAACAGACGACUUUGGAAUAAGGAAAAUUAAGCGUUUAUACGAAGUUAGUUGCGACAUGAGCUGCGUCGCUCAGAAGAUGAAGCCCGCGGCCGCUUCCGACUGGACUGCUACAUUUCCUAAUGAAAUUCAAACUGAAACUCAAUCAACUGUAUUUGUAAAGAAGCUGAUUGCACUUACAGUAUCUAGUAUUACUUAUUUACGAGCAAUAUUUCCGGAAAGUGCUUUUGGCAAUAGAAGUAUUGAAGAUUUACGUUUAAAAAUUUUAAGUGAAAAUAGUGGAUGCCAUGGUGCUUCUCAGCUUAUCAGUUGGAUCAAAGGAAGUUUUGAUGCACUUGAAAAAAAAUAUCUUCGACAGUUAAUGAUUGGAAUUUAUGAAAGUCCAGAUGAACCUGAUAAUGUGAUAGAAUCAUAUACAUUCCGAUUUAUUUAUGAAAAUGACAGUACUAUGAUUAUGUGGUAAGUAACAGCAAUUUAAUUUUCAUUUAUAUAAUACAAGGCAAAAAUAGAUGUAUUACAAG